AGAAAAAGUUGGCCAAGUAUAACUUGGAAUAUUUUGGAAAAGAUUCAUUAAUGAAUAAUACUUACUUGUUAAAGACAGCAAGCUGUCUUUUCCCAUAUUCCAAUUUCUACUUCUUAUUGAAUUAUUCAAAGAUUUUUUUUUUGUGUUACUAAAAGGUCAACAGAUCUGGUUUUUAUUUUCGAAAAAUAUCUUGUUACGUCCUGUGUUCUAUCUCAGCAGCUUCUUAAAUCUUCCUUCCCCUGUUCAUUGUUUGUUUGCUAGUAAUACUCUCUCUCAACAUUCCACUUGGAAAGAAUUUCAAAAGGUAUUAUAAAUCUUUCAUUCUUUUUUAAUAAUCCUUUUUAAAUGUGCUCAUUUUCUUGAUCCCUAGAAUCUUAUUGAAAUUCCAAAAAACAAAAUCAGUGUUUCUUGAAAUAUCUAAAAGUAAACAUGGAGGAGAGGCAAUUGUUGUUUGAAAAGUAUGAAAUAGGGAAGCUAUUAGGCAAAGGGACAUUUGCAAAAGUGUACUAUGGGAAAGAACUAGAAACAGGUGAAAGUGUAGCCAUCAAAGUGAUAAAAAAAGAUCAAGUUCAGAAAGAAGGAAUGAUGGAGCAAAUAACACGAGAAAUCUCAGUGAUGGGCCGCGUUCGUCAUCCAAAUAUCGUUGAGCUCAAAGAAGUGAUGGCUACAAAGUCCAAAAUAUUCUUCAUAAUGGAGUAUGUUAAAGGAGGCGAGCUCUUCGCAAAAUUAGUGGCCAAAGGCAAAUUUAAGGAAGAUACAGCAAGAAAGUAUUUUCAACAAUUGAUAAGUGCUGUUGAUUUCUGCCACAGCCGAGGGGUUUAUCACCGCGAUUUGAAGCCUGAAAACCUCCUCCUUGAUGAGAAUGAGGACUUGAAGAUAUCUGAUUUCGGGUUAUCGGUUUUGCCUGAUGAGAAAUUGAGUAGAAAUAAUGAUGGUUUGCUUCAUACACAGUGUGGGACACCAGCAUAUGUUGCUCCUGAGGUUUUAAGGAGGAAAGGUUAUGAUGGCGCAAAAGCUGAUAUUUGGUCAUGCGGGGUUAUUUUGUAUGUGCUUCUAGCUGGUUAUCUCCCAUUCCAAGAUGAGAAUUUGAGUAACAUGUACAAGAAGAUUUUCAAGGCUUAUUUCGAGUUCCCUCCGUGGUUUUCAAUGGAUUCAAGGCGUUUGAUAUCUAAACUUUUAAUGGCUGAUCCGGAAAGGAGGAUAACCAUUCAAGGUAUCAUGAGGGUUCCGUGGUUUAGGAAGAAUUUUUCUAUACCAAGGGCGUUUUCGAUCCAAGAUUUACAAAAGUUGGAAAAAGAACAAGAAAAUGAUGAUCAUGAAGAGGAGGGAAUGAGCAGCAUGCAGGGAGGAAUGAUUAGGAAAUCCCCUUCAUCCCCUGCAUUUUUCAAUGCAUUCGAGUUGAUUUCGUCGAUGUCCUCCGGUUUUGAUUUGUCUAGCUUGUUUGAGAUCAAAGGGAAGGCGGCAUCCAUGUUCACUUCAAGGAGCACUGCCCGGGAUGUCAUCCGAAAAAUGGAGAAAAUGGCUAAAGCUAUGAGGUAUAAGGUUUAUAGGGUAAAACCAUUCAAGUUGAAGAUGCAAUGCCCUGAGGAAGGCCGGAAAGGGCAGUUGUUGGUCACCGCCGAGGUGUUUAAGGUGGCUCCGGAAGUCACCGUUGUCGAGCUCUCCAAGUCCUCCGGUGACACCUUGGAGUAUAACAAGUUUUGUGAAGAGGAAGUCAGACCUGCCUUGAAGGACAUUGUCUGGACAUGGCAAGGGACUGGUACUGAAAGUGCUGAUACUGAUAACAAACAGGACUUGGAGCAAUAGGAUUUGGUAAAUUGCAUAUUCCCCCUCGUCUUUUGUGUUUGUGUUUUGCUUCCACCGGCGGACUGAUGGAAAUAGAUUGACGACCGGAGAUAUUCGUCUUACUUCGUAACUGAUUUGUACAUAAAUGAGUGUUAUACUGACCACUUGGAAUAUGUGUUAUGAGUAGGUCAUUCUUGAAACUGAUUUUGAAUCGUUUGCCUGUUGUGAUU